CUACCCCUAUUUUCUCUCUCUUUCUUUCUCCUCCCCCUCUCUACUUCGUUCCCUGUAUUUUUCUCCAGAGACUUCCAGUUUUUGAACACUGUUCUUACCUACUGGCCCUCCACCCCACACACACUGAAGAGAGAGAAGCACAGGAGCCAUGUUUCCUCUCCGUCUACCCUUCUUGGCUGCUUUGGUCAGCUUGGGCCUCUGUCAGUAUUAUGACUAUGACUACCAGCCUGGCCCCAUGCUGGGGCCAUCAGGGCCCAAUUGUAAUCAAGAGUGUGAGUGCCCAAUCAACUUCCCCAGCGCCAUGUAUUGUGACAACCGCAAGCUCAAGUUUGUCCCCAUAGUCCCAACAGGAAUCAAAUACCUGUACCUCCAGAACAACCUGAUUGAGGAGAUCAAGGCAGGAGUGUUUGAUAAUGUCACUGCUGAGUUGCGCUGGUUGGUACUUGACAACAAUCAGAUCACCAAUGCUAAGAUAGCAAAGGGCACCAUAGACAAACUCACAGGGCUGGAGAAGCUCUUCUUCAGCCACAACAACCUCACAGAGCCGGUCAUCCCUCCCUCAAAGUCCCUUGAUGAGCUGAAGUUCAUGCACAACAAGUUGUCCAAGUUUCCUUCUGGACUCUUAACUGACAAGGAGAAUUUGACCUCCAUCCACCUUCAAUUCAACGAGCUAACAUCUGAGGCCAUCUCGGGGGCUUUCAAAGGGCCAAAGAAGCUGCUGUCACUGGAUGUGAGCCACAACAAGCUGAAGAAGCUGCCAGCCGGAGUCCCAAGUUCACUGGAAAUCCUGUACGCUGAUUACAACGAUAUUGAAGGUGUUGGAGCCGGAUACUUGAACAAGUUGCCUGCGCUUCAGUACCUGAGGAUCUCCCACAACAAGCUGGUGGACGCCGGGAUCCCUUCCGGGGCGUUCAACGCAUCAUCGCUGGUGGAGCUGGACCUGUCGUUCAACAAACUGAAGUCCAUCCCUGAGAUCAACGAGAAGCUGGAGCAGCUCUACCUUCAGGCCAAUGAGAUCAACAAGUUUGAUCUGGCAAGUUUCUGCAAGUUCAUUGGCCCCCUCAACUAUUCACGCCUGAAGCAUCUGCGCCUGGACGCCAACAACGUCACACACAGUGACAUGCCGCCCGACUCUUCCAACUGCCUGCGCCAAGCUUCGGAUAUCAUGUUUGAAUAAGGACCACCAUCUCCAUGGCCGCCUUCUAUACGAAAUAUCACAUAAUAAUGUCACACCUUUCUUAGUACCUAAAUGUCCUUGCACUUCUGACAUGAGUACUGUGCAAAUAUGGGAUAUUUCUUAUGUUGAUCAGCACAUACAUGUUGGAAAAAAAAAAAUCAAGCUGGAUCAAUUUUAAAUGGAAGGCAUAACAAGCUGUCACCUAGCUUUUUCCGGACAUACUGUACCUUGCAAAAUACACAAUCAGACCUUAAACACGUUAAGCAUCAGACAAGCAUUCCACAUUUCUUUUAUAACAUUUGAAUUUAUUAAUGAAUUUUUGUAAUUGAAGAAACAUGAAGACAACAAAAAAUACAUACAAGCUAAAAUAUAUUAAAAAAAGCUAAAUAAUCAAAAGUAAUAUGAAUAAAAAUGUAUUCAUAUGCUUUGAUUAAAUCACACACUUUAAACAUUCCAAGGAUGCAUUUUAUAAUGUUGAACAAAGGCGCAAUGGAGCAAACAAUGGUUAGAGAUCUCCACCGUCUUUUGUUGUGGUGUUGUUUUGUUGUCUGUUUUUUUUAUAUAUAUAUAUGUUCCUAUAUGUUCCGUAUGACAUAAUAAAAGUACAAUUAUUAAUCCAUUGCUGUGCAAAGGACCAGCAACUAAGGACUGCAUACUCAGAAUUCAGUGUGUAAAGUCGGAAAUUAUGAACAAGUGUGAAAUAGCAGCAGUAUUAAACCUCUUAAAUGAAUAAAGAUGAUUUCAAGGAAAAUAUCAAUGUUGUGAACUUGCUGAUGUCGCCACUGACUGACAUCUUAGGUUGAUUUAAUAAAGUCUCACCAACUUAGAAAUGUAUAUUUUCUGUUUGGAAAUACUCUUCUGUUGUUGGAACCAUUAACUCUAAACCUGCUUGAGGUAACGUUCUCUCAAACCAUCAGGAUGAUGUCUUCUAAUAAAUCAGUGUUGUCCGCUGUCAUGCACAUUGCUGAUUUGUAUACAACAUUUUCAUUACUUGCAUGCACGUAACAGUGCCAUUGUUUAAUAAUAAACUACAGCUUUUGCAGUUAUGCUGCUUUCAUUGUUAUGCGGUUGUUUACUAUGAAUUAUAAAUGCUUCUUGCAUUACUGGCAUCACUUCAACUUGGAAAGAUUGUCACGUGGAUUUAGUGAUUUGUUAUGACUUUUUUUUUUGAGACCUUGGUCUCAAGGUGGCAACUGGGUUCUUGGAUUUACUGUUAGAAAGCCAAACACAGUUAAAUAAAAUAUGUUUCCAACA